AGAAAUAGAAAACUUCCCGCAAAUUUUUAAUGUUAUGUCGGUUAUGUGUAUACUUUCAUACCAUAGGCAAAAUUAGUAUUUUUGAGUGGCGUUCAUUCAAUUUGUGGGCUACAAGCUACUAUAUUUUUAAUCAAGUACAAAAUAACACAAUCGUCUCUCAAGUAAUAGAGUGAAAAAGUUGAGAAUGCCAUCUCCAGCUCCUUCUGACGAUGUACCGAGUACCCCAAGGCGAGCAGGUUCUAGAACCCCAGCUAGGAUGGCUGAUGGUUCCAGAACUCCAGGGAGGGAACCACCUCUCACACCCAGGCGAACACCUCGUAGAGGUGCUGCAACUCCUCGAAGAGAUGAUAGUUCUCCUACAAGAAGUGUAGCUUCAUCAACAAGAACUCCUCGAAAGGGCCGUCCUACUCCUGCAAAAAGUGUAUCAUCUGCUGUUGAUACCCCAAUGAGAUGGGGAGGUCCUAGAAAUGACAUUGAUGGACAGAGUGAAAUUCCUUCCUCUCCAGCUCAUAGCAUUGCUCCAACCAGCCCUGGCACAGGACUGGCAAUGAGUGAGAUUGAUUUGAGUUCUCCUUUAAAUUAUGGAACACCAAGUUCUUUGGGAUCUAUCAGGACUCCUAGAUCUGGUAUAAGAGGAACACCUAUUCGCAUGAGGCCUGACGUACGUUCCGAUAAGAGAAUUAGACAAGUUAAUAUAGGAGGAGAUGCUGCGCUUGAGGCAAUUCCAGAAAGUCAAGAAUCAGAUUCCACCGCUCCUCAUCUAGUUAUAUGGGGUACUAACGUUUCAGUGGCAGAAUGCAAAGUUAAAUUCAAACAAUUUAUACUUCGUUUCAUAGACCCAAAUGCAGAUGAAGAUGAAAGGACAGAUGAUAUGAAUCUCAAUGAACCACUGUACCUUCAGAAACUAGAAGAGAUACAUACCUUGGAAGAACCAUUCCUAAAUGUUAACUGUGCCCAUUUGGAAACUUAUGACGCAAAUUUAUACAGGCAGCUGGUAUGCUACCCUCAGGAAGUUAUUCCAACUUUUGAUAUGACAGUCAAUGAGAUGUUUUAUGAACGUUAUCCCGCUGCAGUACUCGAUCAUCAAAUUCAAGUGAGACCAUUUAAUGCAGAGAAAACAAAAAAUAUGAGGUCACUUAAUCCAGAAGAUAUUGAUCAGUUGAUAACAAUAAGUGGUAUGGUGAUUCGUACAUCGAAUAUCAUGCCGGAAAUGCGAGAAGCUUUUUUCAAAUGCAUUGUUUGUCAGUUUUCAACAACAGCUGAAAUUGAUAGGGGUCGUAUUACAGAACCUACUCUGUGUUCCAGUUGCAAUACCAAUCACUGCUUUACUCUAGUACACAAUAGGUCACAGUUUACAGAUAAACAGAUGAUUAAACUUCAAGAAUCACCAGAUGACAUGCCUGCUGGACAGACACCUCACACUGUGGUUCUAUUUGCACACAAUGAUCUAGUGGAUGGAGUUCAUCCUGGUGACCGUGUUACUGUUACUGGAAUUUAUAGAGCCCAGCCUUUGCAAUUGAAUCCUCGCAUGCGAAAUAUUCGAUCAGUUUAUAAAACUCAUAUUGAUGUCUUACAUUACCGUAAAAUUGAUCAUAAGAGACUCUACGAAGAAGAAGAAGGUAAAGAUCAUCGAUUCACACCAGAACGUGUAGAAUUAUUGAAUAUUUUGUCACAAAAACCUGAUAUUUAUGAUCGCCUAGCCAGAGCAAUUGCACCUUCGAUUUAUGAGAAUGAUGACGUGAAAAAAGGUAUAUUAUUGCAACUCUUUGGGGGAACCAAAAAAACAUUUGUUACUUCUGGCCGUUCCAAUUUCAGAGCUGAAAUCAAUAUUUUAUUGUGUGGAGAUCCAGGUACAUCUAAGUCUCAACUACUACAGUAUGUGUAUAAUUUGGUACCAAGAAGCCAAUAUACAUCUGGCAAAGGUUCAUCAGCUGUCGGCUUAACUGCUUAUGUAACAAAAGAUACAGAAACAAGACAGCUUGUUCUUCAGACCGGAGCACUUGUUUUGGCCGAUAAUGGAAUAUGCUGUAUAGAUGAGUUUGACAAGAUGAAUGACUCAACUCGCAGUGUGCUUCAUGAGGUAAUGGAACAACAAACAUUGAGUAUAGCAAAAGCUGGUAUUAUUUGUCAGUUGAAUGCCAGAACCUCCAUAUUAGCUGGUGCUAAUCCAUGUGAAUCUCAAUGGAAUAAGAAUAAGACCAUUAUUGAAAAUGUUCAGCUUCCUCAUACAUUACUAUCAAGAUUUGACUUGAUUUUCCUGAUAUUGGAUCCACAAAAUGAGAAUUUUGACAGAAAAUUAGCUCGUCAUUUGGUGUCACUGUAUUACAAAACAAAGGAACAGGAGGAAGAUGAAUUUCUUGACAUGUCAAUUCUUAGAGACUACAUUGCUUAUGCCAAGGAACACAUUCAUCCUAAGCUUAGUGAAGAAGCAUCUCAGAAGUUAAUACAAUGCUAUGUAGAUAUGCGUAAAAUAGGGGCUGGGCGUGGUCAUAUAUCUGCUUAUCCUAGGCAACUCGAAUCAUUAAUUAGACUCUCAGAGGCAUAUGCCAAAGUGCGCUUUUCUGCAACUGUUGCAGUUGAAGAUGUUGACGAAGCAUACAGAUUACAUCGUGAAGCUUUGAAACAAUCUGCAACAGAUCCUCUGUCUGGUAAGAUUGACGUCAGUAUUAUAACAACUGGUAUGAGCACUGCAGCUCGUAAACGGCGACUGGAGUUGGCUCAGAUUGUUAGAAAACUCAUCACAGAUAAAGGUCAAGUUCCAACAAUCAGUUACCCUAAAUUGUAUUCCGAGUUGAAAGAAGGAUCAAAUAUGAUGGUGACAAAGGAUCAAUUUGAAGACGUUCUUAGGGAUUUACAAGAAGAUAAUUUCAUUAUUGUAACCGGUAGAGCAACUAUACGUGUGUGUUCCAGAUAAAACCACUUAAAUUGACAGAAAGAUCAUAAAACAAAACAAAAAAAAUGCAGUAAAUAAGAGUUAUUUUUUUCUACUGUUGUUCAAUUUUUUUGUUAACUUAUAAUUUACUAUUACAACUCGAAAGUAUCCAUUACUGCAAUCUACAACUCAUACAACUAUAUAAGAAAUACAAAAUUUCAUUUUGUGAAAAUAUUUUCCUAAUUCACAAUAAAAUACUUUCACUUUUUUU